AUGCAUGUAGGACCUGAUCCGCCGUCGUUUCCUAUCGCAGGCCCUCCAGCGUAUGCGUUGUCUGCUAUGCCACCUGCUUCCUCGCUUGCUCCUAUGGCCCCGUCCCAACUCUCGCCUCUCGCCAGCGCGACUUCAGUUGCAGGCUUUGACAUGACGAAUCGCCCUGCAACCGAGACCACAAAAACUCACUGGCUUAUCAAUAAUACCAACUGCCUCGAUCAGUUUGACGUACCGAAUGCCGUCAACUCACCCUGGACCAACCAACUCUCCUACCAGUCCCUGCGCAUCGUCUCUCGCGGUCGUUUGGUUGUCUCGAAGAGGACCGAAUUGCGACUGCGUCUCUGGCGAGCUCAGUAUCCUGACGUGCCGCUGUGGUUUUUUGCCGCUCGCUGCCUCUCCAGAGGACUCGAUUGGAGAGUGUUCGUUAGUCAGUACGACCUCGUCGGUCCCAACCCUGCCCACUCCAUCCCUCGGCCCUCCUAUCUCGAUGAUGCACAUCUCCCACUGGCCAACAGGGACCUUCAGCAAUACGAGCAUCGCGUCCGGGCCCUUCUUCAACUUCCAUAUGCCCGGCGUCUUCUUUCUAUGGGCGGCAUACUCUGGCGGAUCGCAUUGCACUAUGGGCCUGCGAGUCUUAUUUCUGCUGCACUGUCUGGUCCGUCUACAGACGCUUGCAUGCAUCUCCGUGCCGACCGCGUUGGCUCGGACAUAGAUGACACUGUGACUCCAGAUGCCAUCGCCCUGCUGCUAGGCACCACUCGCACAGGUCAUAGUUUAUGGCCUCCGGUGGACAUCUUUGACAGGUACCAGUUUUGGCAAGGAGAGUGGUCCCCUAAAUGGGAGGAGUGGUUCAAUGGGCGUAUCGCCGGCAUUCAUCACCACAUGCAGCAUUCAUUACUGAAUCGUACCGAAAAGUUGCCGGAUUUAUUCCUCAGUCGCACAGAGUGGAGUCAUGCACAUCGUCGACAUACGGCGGUUUCAUUUAAAAGCUCUACAGUAGCCGGGACCGACGCUCAUGCAGCGAGGUUAUGCGAAGAGGUUGACCAGUUGUAUCCACCAACGGAAUCUUAUGUAGCCUUAGUUUAG